UAUGGUCAAAGUAUGUAUUGUACAGUACAUACAAUGAAUGAUAACCUGCACCGGUACCAGCACCGGCAUCAGCACCACAAUAGAACGAUUCAGAACAGAGUGCGCUCGAUACAAAAAGAAAAUGCAAAAGGCUGUAUCACAAAGCUACUAGAGGAGCCUGAGGGUAGUAUGUAUAUAAAGGUAGAGUCAAAAAGAAAUUUACGAAAAGAUAGAGAUGGGGAAAAUGACAUGUAAAACAUGUAAAAGUGAGAAGUAAAGAAGAGGCAAAGUAGUAACAUCAGAUCAGAAGCAGAGCAGGAAGACAAAAACUUGUUCCUACCAUACCAUCAAGAGCCAUUUGGAACCUUAAAGCACACCCGGAACACCAUGAAUGAGUAAAGUAA